CGUAGUGAUCACCCGAUCGGUGGCGUGUUUUCCGAUUGGCCAAGAUCUCGUGGUCUCAUGUCGGGUGCAUCAGCGAGUCUCCGGAAACACCGACAUGUAUCUUUAAAAACUGCUGGUUAAAUUAGUAAUCGUUUUCAAGAGAUCCUUCCACAGCGCGGGAUCCUCAAGCAAACGAUGCGAUGGAUCCCACGUCCACGUCAGAUAUCGAUGAUAUGUUCAACCUGAUGCCCGAGUCCCUGAUUGGGUCAUCGGAGCUUUUCGACAAUGAACUCCUGGGCCUGCCCGUGCUGCCGGAUGAUCCGGCACUUAUGGGCAUCAAAGAGGAGGACUUGGACCUCGAGUUCUUUGAAGGGGAGUCCUCUUUGGCUGAUGGACUGGUGACCAACCCAAGCUCGUACCUGACGGCGAGCGAUCCGGUGGUGCCUGCCACCAUUCUCCAAGUGGCAGCUCCUGUUCAGGAGCCACCCAAGCGUACGCUGGUUGUGCAGCCUCAGAAGGUGUGCAUCCCAGCAGCGACAGUAGCGAGCAAUGCUGCACCUGCCACUGCUGCAGCAGCUAGUGCCCCCCGACAACAGCCGCAGAAAGUUACUGUGGUGCGGCCUUUCUCGCACCAGGCUGUGGCUCCGCGGGUGGCAACGCUGCAGCCAAACCCGAUGCCUUCAGUCGCCGAGCUGCUGGCAGCCCUCAAGGAACAGCAGACACAGCAACAGCAGCGAAUCAGCCGCCUCUCGCAGCUGCCCACACAGAAGGUGCAGCAGAUGCUGUUGCAACAGUUGGUGAAGGAUAACAGCUGUGCCACUAAUGCAACUGGCAGCAUCCUUGCCUACACACCAUUGUCACCUACGCCUGUGGUCGCAGCCAGUCCCCAAGGAGCUCCCCUAUUGGCAGCCACUUCAGCCACUGGAAUUCCCCUUGUCUUGGAAGCUGACAAGCUUAGCAGGGUGGUGACAGUGAAGCCUCCGAACAAGGGAGAAAAACGCAAUGCCCACAACGCGAUUGAGCGCCGCUACCGAAGCAGCAUCAAUGACAAGAUUGUCGAGCUGAAGAACAUGGUGGUCGGGCCCGAAGCGAAGUUAAACAAGUCGGCUGUAUUGAGGAAGGCGAUAGACUAUUUGCGCUUCCUUCAGAACGCCAACGCCAAGCUCAAGCAGGAGAACAUUAUGCUCAAGUUGGCUGUCCAACAGACGGGUGCAACUGUGUCCGAUGUGCUGCUGGACCAGAAAAGCCUCAUGGCCGAAACGAGCCAGGAGGCCGCACUCACUCCACCCUCGUCAGACAUGAGCUCGCCCGAUCAUGCCAUGGAGGACACGAGCAGCUCGGAGCCACCCUCGCCACCUCAGAGUCCUUCGGAAACAAAGUUCCCAAGCUCUCUGAGGGGUGCCAUGAUGCACACCUCCCGUAUGGCUCUGUGCAUCUUUACGUUUGCUUUCUUCGCAUUGAAUCCCUUUGGAUGGCUGCUGGCAGGUCGGUCAGGCGACACUUACACGCUGGCAUCUUCACACGCCGCGGGCCGCACUAUCCUGUCUUCAGAAGGUGACAGUGGAAGCUCCUGGCUCGGUGUAUCUCCGAUGUCUCUCUUGGGCUGGCUCCUAAAUAUCCUGGUGACUGUGGCUUGCCUUUGGCGUCUCUUGCUGUAUGGAGAUGGACUGUCUCAAGCACACAGCAAAGCCAACGCAGCCUUUUGGAGGCAUCGCAAGCAGGCUGAUGCUGAUCUCUCACAGGGUCGGCCAGAGCGAGCAGCUGAGCAGCUGACUGCCUGCCUGGGUGCUCUGGGUCAGCCCCUCAUUGGUGGAAGCCUGCCCGAGGCCCUGUGCGCCGUGGGUUGGCAGACACUGCGGCAGCUGCUGCAGUCGGCUCGUGUGGGACUCUGGCUGGAGCGCCACGCUAUGGGCGGCUGGCAACUGGACAAGGCACAGCGGGCACGCACGGCUGCCCAACUGGCUCUCGCCCACCACCAGCUCAGCGAGCUGCACCUUCUCGGUCACGUGAUGUCUUGGGGACGCUGGCAAGGUGUGGCGCAUGCUCUGGCAUCGGUGAACUGGGCUCAGGUGGCCGGUGUGGAAAUGCUUGGCCGUCGUCUCCUCUGCCACAUCUACUUGGGGGCUGCCUUGCGUCUGCUCGACUGCUGCCACGUGCGCCUCCUCUUCGCACCUAGGCUUCUGCUGUUCCGUGCUCGGCGUGUGUGGUCGUCACCAAGUGCAGUGCCUGCUGAACUGAAGUGGGUCUUUGAAGAAAAUGGCCGCAGCUUCCUCCUCAGUCGAGAGUGGAUUCCACUGCAAGGCCCAUCAGAGGACGCAUUCACUCGGAGGGGAGACUGCUGCUCACUACUUGCUGCAGUUUCACAGCUGUACCGGGAACACCUCUUGCACAGGGCCGUUGCCGCACUUGCCACAUCGGGCAGACCGAGUCGUGGGGGCCCUGAUGCUCUGCACCUGGUGGAACUGCUGGAAGGUGCGAGCUGCAGCUCCAGCAUGACUGGCGGCGGCCUGACUGGUGUAGAGCAUGAUGAGGCCGCCCUCUGGUGGGCUGCGGCGCUGCGUGUCGCAUUGUUGUGGGUGCGUGGAGAGCCCGCCCAGCAGGAGUGUGUCCAGGCCGAGGCUGCCCUGCGCAAUCUGCACUGGGAUCAGACUAAGGACCCAUUGCCCUGGGCGGUGGCUUCUGCUAUGAUGGCUCGCAAGGGACUCUUGGCAGCCCAGCAGCCUUCGUCACGCGACACCCUUAACGCUUGCAGUCGAGCUAGUGCGCGAUUGUGGGAUUGUGCCAGCCAUCCCAAGCACCUUGCCAAUGCCACUUCGCAGGUGCUGCUCACUGCAGGCUGUGAGUGGCUGUUGCAAACCCGAACUGAACUCUGGGAGCGCAUGGGCAAAGCGCCCGCAUCGGGGCCCCACAUUGAUGGCUUUCAUCGGGAUUUGGCACUGUUCCGACGGCUGGCCCAGAACUCGCCCAACCUGCAACUAAAGUUGCACCUGUAUGAAGCCACUCAGCGUGUCGUUGCUGGUGCGAACCCUGUGAAGACUCAGCUGGGAUUGGAUCGGUGUCUGAGGAGGCGUCUUUCGCACUACCCCUCUGUUGUCUGUGCCAAGGGGAGCACCGAGAAUGAACCGAGGAAAGAAGAGGCCGACGCUUUGCUUCUGUCCUGCAAGCAUUUAGGGUCCCUCACGAGCAGGGAUCAGAAGGACGGCAUGCUCGCAGAGGCCGCAAGUAUUCUGGGAGCCCUGGGACACCGACGCGCCCUGCACCAAUGCCAGAGGCUCAUGGUUGCACCCACAGUCGCCUCAGCUGCUUGCUGAGUUGUGAGACUCUUUUCAGCAGAGCAGAGUUUAUCUUAAUCUUGUACAUAGCCAUAUUUGACAAGUAGUGUGAUGCAGUGUUCUCAUGUGAUCGUACUUGAUUUUAAGCUAUUUUAUUAAUGGUAGUGAAGUUCUCCUGCUCGUUGUGUACAUAUGUCAGAUAAAUGAGGCACAUUUAUUUUUGCUUGUAUUUAAUUUACCACGAAAGAAAUCAGAAUUAUUGUGAAGCAGUAGAAGCCCUUUUCUUUUGCAUCGCCUACACGGUGUGAGGCCCACUUCAUUAUUUCGCAUUCAUUGCAACUUUCAUUUCAUCUGCCACAGCUUUUGUUUGGUGUAAUCUUUAUCCAAUAUGUUUGGUUCACCGAUUCAUCCAACUUAUGUGUUCACCCUAUGCGUUGCUGCAAUGUGCAAGUUUGUAAAUGGUCAGGCUGGUGCAUUAUGAAAUAUUGUAUAUUUGGUUAAUUUGUGCUGUGUUGAAAGAGAAAUAUAUAUUUGCUGCAGGAUCUCCCAUUAUAGGAUUGUAGUUGGGGAUAGUGACUCAGCAGUGCAGAUGUCGUUUUUUUAUUAUUGUUAUAAUUGUACAGGACGUCCCCUGUAAGAUUCUUAAUAUGGCCUGAAGGCACACCAGAUGACAUGUAACCUGGUGAUAAUGACAAAGCGAUGUUGAAGCUACGGGCCCUUUUCAAUGUUUUUGUUGAUGUGUCCAACAAAUGUUGUUUUUUUAAAAAAAGCAAUGCUACUUUAAUUAGAAACACCUGUUCACUUCUUUCCCCACUUUCGUGGAAGUAAUAAAUAUUAUAUAUACACAGAUUGUUUACCCCUUGGCAUUGUUGUUUCCCAGGUAAAUGAGCUUUGUUGCAUCUUGUGGUUGCCUUUAAUUUAAAUAAAAAUGUUCUAAGAUAAGGUGCAGCAUGUUUCUAAUAUCACGAAAGGCAAUUGUCCCUGUGCUUGGAAAUUGAUGACUACUGAGAAUGUGAGUGCAUUAAAGGUGAAAAAUAAAGUUCCUUUUUCUCUGAA